GAUUAUUUUGGGAAUAAAUAAUGUCUGAAACAACCGAUGGAGAAGAAAUGAAAGUAGAACCUGUUGAUUUUCCUGAAAUCGAAAUUUGUAAAAAUUGCGAAUGUUUGUGCGAUCCGUACACGAGACCAGCAUUGCGUUGUAGUGGAUGCUCAAGGAAGAUCCAUAUAGAAUGUUUGAAAAGAGGAAGUGUCCCGGUGACAUUUGUUGGAGAUGUGUUCUUUGAAUUUAAUUGUUGUAAUUGUAGUCCGUUUGGUGAAGAAACAGUUGUUCGAAACAGAAUGCCUUGGCUUAAUGUAAUUAUAUUGACACUGUAUAAUUUACGAGAGAAAUCAAGUGGUAUCAGCAAAAGGGGAUACUUUCAUUGGAAGUCUGAUAUCAGUACCUUUGUAGAUCGAAAUUGGGAAUACUUAUUUAAGAAAACUGUUAAAAGAAAAAAGAACUGGAUUGGUACCAUAUCAGGAACACUUUCUCAUUACAGUGGUAUUUUUUUUAAAUCAGGAACAGUAGAAUUAGGAGAAUCUGGUUGGUGGAGAUUGAUAGACAAUGAUCCACCAGAAAUACUCAUUGCCAGAAAUGAUAAAAUGAUAUUGGAUCGUAAGAAACAAGUUGGUAGCCAAGUAAAAUCAGCAGGUAGACUGCACGAUAGUCCAACUCCAUCAGAAUCAAGCAUUUCAGUUGGCGAAGAUACCACUUAUGGAAAUGAAUUGUCAAAAAGUGAAGGAUGUUCUAUGUAUUCAGAAACUUAUAGCCAACCAAAUAAAACAUUGUUCGACUUGUUACUGGAGGAAAAUGAACUAAAUAUGGAUAUCGAAGAUGAUUCGAUACUUAACGAGCAGAGCGAUACACCGUCUUUGUGCGAUUUAAUAAGGGACUGUCAGUAUCAGUCCAAUAACUUCCACUUUUCCCAAUUACUAGAUGAUUUUACAUCAGAAUGGGCAUCUAAUACAGAUACCACAUCUGAAAGUAAUACAAAUUUUAAAACAGAUCAAAUAAAAGAAGAAGAAGAAGAAGAGGAAGAGCUAUACGAAGCAGAGAGUAGCGAUAGUUUAAGUUCAGUCCAGGAACAGCCCCCUGCUUCCUUAUUUAAUGUAUCGAACCAGCGUCCCUGGCCCUGGAAAAGAAAUCAGAUUAUUGAAGAAAAGGUCCCACGCAUGACGCAUCAAGAAGAAGCGUACUUAUUACAGCAAGUCAAUAAAUCAAACAUUAACUCUGCACCUCCGGCGAUCAGACGAUUUCACAGAAAAUUAGCGACUCGAAAAUUAAAACGUGAAUACGGUUUGCCUUUACUGGAUAUUGAUAAUUUUGGAUUCAAAACGGAAAUACUUGAUAAGCCGUUGAAAGAUUCUGGAAGAGUAUUGGAUCGAUUCUUUGGCGAUGAUUUGGGAUUGUUUGAACAAAGAUUGCAAGGAUACAAUGAACCUACGUCUGUACAUAGUCCAUAUACGAAUAGGCUUCUGAAGCCGUUCAUAAGGAGAGAUACUUUGUGCCGUCCUUUGUGGUUAAAAGUAAUGGAAGAGCUUCGUUUCAAAGCGAAUAAAUCGAAUCCUAAAUGGAAACCGCCGCCGUUGGCGUCAAUCGACUAUUCCUAUGUUAGGCCGCAACACAUUCCCGCGAUUAAUAGUCUAUGCAGUAAUUUCUUUUGGCCUGGCAUUGAUCUGACGGAAUGCUUGCAGUAUCCUGACUUCAGCUGCGUUGUUCUAUACAAAAAAUUGGUCAUAGGAUUCGCGAUUUUAGUUCCCGAUGUUGGUUACAAUGAAGCGUACAUUUCAUUCUUCUUGACUCGUCCCGAAUGGCGCAGAUCUGGCAUCGGAAGAUUUAUGCUGUAUCAUCUGAUUCAAACGUGCAUGGGAAAGGAUGUCACGUUACACGUUUCCGCUACUAAUCCGGCAUUAAUUUUGUACCAGAAAUUCGGCUUUAAAGUGGAGGAAUUCGUUCAGGAUUUCUACGACAAAUACAUGCCACCAAAUUCACGGGAGUGCCGACAUGCAGUAUUUUUACGAUUGAGCAGAUAAAUGCAAAUUGACUCUGACUGAUACGUAUGUUGCAUGUAUACAAAAUACAUACAUAUAAUGUUGCUUCGAUUGACCAGUCUUUUGUCAUCACU